AAAUCGUUUGAGUUGUCAUUGUGUUCGAAUCAUAUGCUCUUUUUCUCUUGAGUGCAAACGAUAAAUAAAUAACUGGAAUAAUUGAUAAGAAAAUAUCUGGCAUGGAAAGCGUUUUUCCAGAUGAGGAAGGGAAAUUUGUACUUCGAUAUUUGUACACAAAAACCUUCCACGAACGAGACAGCAUUAUUGUAAAUACCUGCUCACGUGAUAGAUGAUAACACUCAGACACAAGCUAUCAAUGUGUAAUGGAUUCUUUUAAGUAUUAUUGCGGAUAUGUGACGAAAUAAUUCACUUUCAUUGAAAUGUCUAUUUAGCCUUGAAUCUGAUAACACAUUGGUUGGUUUUGGUCUUAUCUGGAAUGUACUUAGCGUAAUCAUCAAAAUUAAUCUUUGAAAAAUUGGUUCACCAUUUCAAAUAAUGUUUGGGUGAUAGUUCUUUGAGGAUUUGGUAGGAUCUGUGUGCCCCUCUUGCUGUGGUGUCUAAAAUAUCGAUUUAGUAUUAGGAGAUCAUGGGAGCGACCAACUUCAUGGUUAAUGUUCGCAAAAACCUCCGGGAUUUGUUUGGUUUUUGUAAAUGUGCUGUAACUUGUGGACAUUUCAAUAUUUUCAUACUCGCUGGGUGAUAUAUAUUUUCUGUGGAUAGUCUGCGUUUGUGAACAACGUUGGAUUUAGUGUUUAACGUUAAACAAAUUACAAUAGAUAGUGUAGUAGAUUCACCCCUAAGUGGCAUGGACUUAAGCCAGAUCGCUGAAUUAGCUACAGCUAUGAUGGAGACUUGGGCACCAGCCAGCAGUAGUUCAGAGCUCGUACCAAGCUCUCAGAGCCUUGGCGUCCAACAGUCGGAUCAACAGCAAGCAAAUAAAAUUUUGGGCACCACCAUCAAGCAAGAAGUGGCUGCUGUACCCAGCGAAUAUGAAUUUAUUCAAGCCAUACCUUUGCCUGCCUAUUUUCAAGGGCAAAUGAACCCGUUAGUUUCUGAGCAAGUGCCAAUGGACGAUUAUGAUCCUUUAGAAUCAUUCUCAUUCUGGGAUGGUGAGAAUUUUUAUUCUCAUACGGACUUCGAUGCGUGCGGUCCAUCUGGUUCAACCGAUAUGCAGAUGGACAGCACAAUGCCAACCUUACCGGAAUACAUGAAUGAGGACGAUAUGUCAAGAGAUGACGAAUUCCCGGGUAAAGAAUUCGAUCCAACCCUCGCUGAAUUGAAUUCAUGCGGGGACACAGCUUUCGAAUUCCCUGUCAACAACAAUUUUAUGUCUGAGGAUAGUCCAUUUCAGUUAUUAUCUACUGACAGUAUGUCUAAAUCUUUUGCGAACGUUGAAAGCCACUUUGUGGCUUCACCUGUCAGCAGUAGUAUCGCCAAUAGUUCCUUCUCUAGUGGUAUCAAUUACAUCCCAAGUGGAUUUAUCGAUAUCAAACCUAAUGUACAACCCCAAAUGUCAUCCAGUUGUCCGGUUUCUUCAAGAUUAAUUACGAGCCCACAGUUUCUGAGCCCUCCUUACGAAGAAAAGUUCCUUGUAUGCCCACAGAAUAGUCCAGCCACUGAAACAUUUUUGUCCUCGAGAGCUCAGUCUGUGGAAACCAAACAUCAAAUAUCUCCUAGGCCUCGUGCUCCGACCUCUCCUUUGAUUGCUGCGCAAAGCAGCAGGCUUCAGGAAAGCAAUCUGCUUUCGUCUUCAGCUCCUCCUGAUGUGACGAUGGCGACCUAUUUUGCAAAAAUUAAGACUGAACCACCGUCUCAUUCGCCGGGACAGAGAAGUGUCACUGAAAGAUCUCUGAGUGGAUUCUCUUCAUUGUCCCUUUCCAACGACGAUGAAAGUGGUAGUUUCUUUGACGAUGAAGAUGAAGAGCGGGAUGAAGAGGACGACUUUUCAUCUGAUGAAGAUGUUUAUCAGUAUGAUAGUGAAGAACUCUCUACCAGUUGGCCUUCAAAAGAAGAAAAAUCAUGCCAACCUCGCAAACACAGAUACUUUUGGCAAUAUAACCUUCAAUCGCGAGGUGCCAAAACACAGAAUGUUCUCCCUCGUCUUGAAUCUACGGAUCCUCAUAUCUUGCAUGACGCUUUUGAUCCAGUCUUCUCUGAGGAGUGUGCUCUUCCUGUCAAACAUUCUGGUAAAGCUCGACGUGGAGAUGGGAAUGACCUGACUCCUGAUCCACGAAAACUGUACAAUAUUGGACUUGAGUUGAAAAAGUUGAACAAGUUGAUCUAUAACACUAAUCCAGAAGGAACUGGACAUGGAAAACCUCUUUCUCGAAAGGAAAAAAACAAACUGGCAUCAAGGGUAUGUCGGUUAAAAAAGAAAGCUCAACAUGAAGCAAACAAGAUUAAAUUAUAUGGUCUUCAACGAGAACACAAAAAAUUGCUUGACAUUUUGGUGGAUACAAAAGAACUUCUUUCUUUUAAAAUUGAGAACCUUCAUGAAAAGAAACUUUCAAACUGUUCCAAAAAGCUUGUAACAUUUUUGGCUGCAAAUGAACCACGUAGAGUUGCUGGUAACACAGCUACAUUUGUCAAUGAAAUUUUGGAUGCAGUCGCCAAAGGAGAACCGGACGGUGGCAUGAAUCAGCUAUUUUCUGUGCAGAAGAGUAUCACCAGACUUUAAGUGUACAGCUACGUUUGUAUAUAGUGACAUCUGUUUACCAUUUGAAGAAAGAAUGUUAAGGAAAAAAAAUUCUGCUCAGAAUCUGAUUUAUGUGUGAAUUAUUAGUUGUUAAGUUUAAAUUUUAUACUUUGUUUCAAUUAUUAAACUACGUAAUUAAAGCUUUAAAAUGAACUGUGAACUAUACAUUUUUAUAAUUUGUUGUUUUCUAAUUAAGUUUUACUGUAAGUAGUUAUAUUAAGUUUUUAUUACUAAUUUUAAACAUUUAUUAACAUUAAUAGAUGUUGUAAAAUUAUUUUGUAAUAGCUCAUAAAUAAGUUUUAAAAUAUACUUAUAAUAUUUGAUGCCUUCCCUUUUUAACAACUGAAUGUACCUAUUUAAACAGUAUGUUUUUUUUCAAUAUAUAGUAUAUAUAUAUUUAUAAAAUAUAUCUUUGAAAAAUAAUUUUUUACUGUACCAUUGCUCUUAUUUUUUUGUAAUUUAUUUUAAUCUUAUAUAUUAGUGAAUAUAUAUUUAAGUUUAAAUAUAUAUUUAAAUCAUCUGAUCGAUAUUAUAUAAUAGAUUAUCAUAUUGGUGGAUAAUCUAUUAUCAUAUUGAUAGUUAAUGAUUAUAGGAAUCAGCAAUUUUUGUUCUGUUUUCAGCUUUAAACAAAAAUUUUCUAUAUAAAUAUGAAAUUUGUCUCUAAUUAAUUUUUAUUGCCAGCCGCAAUGUUUUUACUUCUCAUAAUUUUACUUAUUAAUUAUAUCUAAUUAUGUUUUAUUGUAAUGUAGUUUUUAUUAUAUUUUCAUGUGAACAAUUAUUUUAGUUUUAAUAUUGAUUCAGAUAGUAAAAUGUUUUUCAAUAGUUUUUAAACAAAACAGCUUUUUUUUUAGAAAUUAAAAUCUAUUUCUUCCCUAUUAUAGAGCUAUUAAAGUACCUGCUAGUUAAAAUAUCUAUGCAAUUAUAUUAAUAGUAAUUAUAUUUCAAAUGAAAAUUAAGAAGUUUAUAUUGUAUUUUCAAUUCAUUAUUUUUACUGAAUAAGAGUAGCACUGUACUGCAUUUCAUUCUUGUUGACACUAUAAAUUACUUUCUUAAUCACUUUUCUAUCUAUUUCACUUUUUUCUUAGCUGUAGUGUUAAUUCUAAAAAUCAUUUAAAUCAUCAAAUGAGCCUUCAUCAUUUUGUAAGGAAAUUUCAAUAUAAUCUUUAAUCUGAAAAUAAAGUAUUAUUAUAAUUUAUUUAGUUAUUUUCUGCAUAUAAAUAUGUAUAUAUCUACAGAAAUAAUAUGUAUAUAUCUACAUAAAUAACGAGAAGUUUUGGAAAUAGAAAAAUAUUCAAUAAAUCUAAAUUCAAUGUUAAUACCAAUUAUGCCAUACUUUGAAGGGGCUGAUGAGAUUGUGAUAAGAGAGGGGAAGAAAUAUGGCAUCAUAUUGAUUAAAAUUAAAAUAAUCAAAAUUGUAUGUAUUAUAUAUUUUUUUUAUCAAAUCUAAUCAUUAUCAUUGUUAUCACAUAUCUUGUCAUUACUAUUGUUAUGAUCACAAAUAUCAUUAAAAAACCUAGAGUUCAAAAAUAAAAUUUGAAAUAUGAUCUAUACCAUGUUUUGUUUAUAUUAUAUUGUUUGACAAAGGGAUAUGGUGAACUGUAUCACUAUGUGACAAAAGGGAAGAGAAGAAAUUUUAAAAAAAAUGUUGACAUUUAUAAAUGACCCCUAAUCUGUAAAGAGAAGUUAAAAAGUAUUUAUCAAACUUUGAUUGUUAAGCUUCAUUAAAAUGUAUUUGCCUUUUCACUAACUUUAAAACACUGGUUAAGAUUUUUAGUGAUUCUACAGCCCUUAUAUAUGUUUGUGCAUCAAGUAAUAUUUAUUAUUUUGAGCACUACAUUCUUUUACCUUUUUUUUUAAAAAAAAAUCGUUUUUUAUUGCUUCCAAAUAUAUAUUUUCCCUGUUAAAUCCAUAUAAAAGUUUAAGAAAUUGCUCACUUAAAGCAACUGCUAUAUUUUUUUAUUAAAUCUAAAACUUGUUUCGACGAGAUUAUUAUUAAUGGGUCAUACUGUACACAUUAGUGGAACAUGUAAUUGAAUGAAUAUAUGAUCUAACGAAGUAUGUUAGAAUCUAAGGAAAUUUAUAACCUUCCACAAAUAAUUUUGUAGAUUAUCUGGUGAAGUAAAUUAUGUCUAGUCAAAUAUAUAUAUAUAAUCUAAAACAUGAUUAUCUUUAUAUGAAACUGUACUAUUUGACUGUUUCAAUCUGUUUAAAGAUAUUUGGUAAAAAGCAAGCUUUUGAUUUUUAAUUAUUUUUUUUUUAAUCUUAAGUUUAAAGUUAGGUUCCCUUAGAACUAUCUUUUUCAUUUUUUUUGUGGAUUAUCAAGAUUUCUUAAUCUUAAAAGUUUUUCUCAACUUAAAAACAGUAAAAUUAGUCACUUAUUGAAAUAAAAUGUGAAAUGAAUUUUGAAAUGUCUAUAGUAUAUUUAUGAAAUAAAUUUGUAUUAUUACGAAUUUAUUUUAAAAAAAAAAAUAAAUAAGCAUAAAUUUUUUUAUUAUUAUUCAUUUAUUUAUCAUUUCAAGUACUUUUGUCACUAAAGUUGAAGAGUUUUAUGACUGAAUGUCUUAAAAAGGAUAUUUUUUCGUGUUUAUUUUCCUUAAAUGUAUACCAAGACGAAAGAAAUCAAUUUUAUAUGGUCCUUAUAAAUUUUCUUAAGUAGUUAAGUAUAUAUAUAGCUGUAUGUACAUGGAACCCAUAUAAUAAGAUAAAAAUACAAAGAAAUAAAAAGGAAAAUCAUUUUUUAAAGAAGGAAAAAAACUAUCAAAAAUAAAAAAUUUUAAUUAAAAAUUCUAUUAAAAAAGUUAAAAAGCCAAAAAAAAUUUUAUUUUGUUUUCCGGCUUUUUAAUUUUUAAAAAAAUUUUUUAGAGCAAAGAAUGUUGUUAAACAAUGCAUUAGUUUGCAAUGUAUCACUUAAAGUAAAGAGACUAAAAAAAAUUUCUUGAAUCCAUAAACUAGAAUCUAGGAUUAUAAAUUAAAUAAAACAUUUUACAGCUUUAAUUAAAGUUGAAAAAAUUAAAAUUUGCUUGUCCAAAUAUCUUUAAUAAAACAUCAAAAUGAUUGUCACUGAUAAUAAGAAAGCUGAUUCUUAACAAACUUGAAGUGUCUUAAAAAAACUUAGCAUGAUUACCAGUUGUUGAUAUAACUUAAUACAUUAUUAUUACCAUUGAACCCUCUUUAGCUGAUAGUUAUUUGUUGAAUCAUUUCUAGUCUUAUACAACUCAUUUAUGUUAUGUUAUUGAGAAUCAUUCACAUGCACAUGCUUAUUGAUGUACCAUUAUUAUUUAGCAUUAUGUUCAAGUUCAUAUUAUAAAUGUGAAAUGUGUGGAAUAUUUACUCAACAAACAUUGCUAUGUUAUACAUAUAUAUUAUGAAUCAUGUUAUUUGUUAGUAUCUAAUUAUAAGUAGUUGAUGUUUAUAAGCACGUGAUAUAGCAUUUCCAUGCUAAUCUGUGCUUAUUACUUCAUUAUUCUUAAAUAAAAUUUCAUUCCGUAUUAAUAUUUAUUAGUGGGAUAUUGCUGUACUCAUAUAUUAUCAUAUUAUAUGCUACUGUUGGUAUAACUUUAUUAACUCUAUUUACAGAAACAUUCUCAGGCACUUAAAUCAUCGGUAAAGUUUAAACUAACCUAAUAAUGCAGUUUUCUUUUUAACGCUCAAUUAAUGGUAAUGUUAAUGAAACCUGUGAAAUUUUAGACCAAUUCUGUCAUAUCUUGACAGAAUUGUUAAAUUUGUUUUCUAUUAAACACAAUAAAUAUUAAAAUCUGUGGCAUUAUCAUAAUUCCUAUAUUUUUUUUGUAAUUUUAUUUCAUAAAUAAAAUAGUGUUUAAUUGAUUUUAAAAAUUCUCUGUUUACAAAUGCUACUAUUAUUUUUUCAAAACCAAAAUAAUGAUAAUCUAAAUGCUAAAAAUUAAUAUUCUGAUCAACGUAUAAUUUUUUAUAUUUCCUUUGAUUUGUAAAAUAUGGAACUUAAUCCCUCUUAGUGUAUUAGUUUUCUUAUAAAAUUUAAUUGAUAAAUAUGAAUGGUUCCAAAAUAUUCUAUGUAUUCUCACUAUCUCAUAAAGCUUUCAUUGAAAUAACAAUUAUUAAAAUAAUAGUAUAAGAUAUAUAAAUGUUAUUUUACAAAAAUGUGUUAGUUUUUACCAUAACUGUGUUAAAUUACAACCAAGCAAUGAUGAUACAGUGUUGAUUAUUAAGAUUGAUUAGGAAAUAUAUGUAUGUUUAAAUGUUUCUGAAAAUAAUCUAUAAAUUGUCAUACAAAAUCAAAGCUUUUUUUAAUUUUUUUUUUUAAUUUUAGUAUUCAGAACAGAUUUGAUUUGUAGCUCAUCUUUUCUUUGGUUCAUUGAAAACUCAUUACAAUGAAAAUUAGUUUUGUGUUUUAAUUCAUUAAUAAUUCUAAUAAUUUCGUUAAUAAGUUAUUUUUAUUCUUAAAAAAAAUAUUAUUGUUAUGAAGGAAGUAUAGUUUAAGUGAAUUUUAUAUAUAUAUAUGGUUUCGUGAAUAUUUCAUAUUAAUUUGAUUAAAAAUCAAGAGUUAGGUUUCUAUUUGCUUCUUUAGAUUUCUGUACAAAUCGUAAUUUAUUUAAAGGAGAAAAUUUUUAUUGAAAUUCAGAAAAAAUUAUUUCCACUUUCAAUAAUAAUUUUUUUUUUCUUUUGCAAUAUGUGCUUUUAUUUUAAAAGGAUGUUUUCAACCAUAUUUAUAAAAUGCACAAAUUUUUAUAAAUGAAUAUUUUUAAUAUAUUCAAGGGUGAAAAUAUGAAAGAGUACUUUUCAGUCCACUUUAUUUGUGGUGUCAUGUUUGAAGGCUUAGAGAUUCAUUUUUAUAUUCACAUUUGUUAAUAUAGUCAUUGUGUGUACAUAUGUUUAUUUAUCUUAGAUUCAAGCGGUUGCCCUUCUAAAAUGCUGUUCCUGAAAUAGCUUUGUGUCAAAAUAUCUGUGAUUUAGUCCCAAUGUGUGUACGUAAAAACUGUGAUGUUAUAUUUGCAACAUAUGUGCAUUUAUUUCUGAUUGUUGUAAAUUUCUAGUGGCAUAAAUUUGUUUAUUUUUGUUCUA